ACCCUAAACCUACCCCUCGCAGUAAUAUAAAAAUAGUAAUUAUGACUGUACAGUGCCGCAAAAAUUACGCUAUAUUGACAUGCGCAUGCCCAGUAGCCGCAGAUGUAUCCUUGCUACACCGCGUCGUUUGAAAUAUACGGUAAAGUUUUUCUGUAACUUAUUAUGAUGAAUCUGGUUUUAACGCCAGAUUUCGUUUAGCAAGAUUUAAACCUCAAACGACACGUGAAUUGAAUAUAUUUGAGUUGACUGUUAAACUCUGAACUUUGACAACAUCGAUACUGCUCAAGAGACUAUAAACAAGCAUAUCAUAUGAGUCCACUAACAGACUGGGAGGAUUCAGCCGGAUUUAGUUAUUCUAUCUUAUGCAAUAGGUUUAAUUACGUGUGUUAAGUACUACAUGUUUAUCCUUUGUUAGUCGUUGUUUUAGUAUGCACUUGUAAGUGUUCACUAAAGCAGGGAUGUCUGCGAGUCUGACUCCAGAACAGCAGCGGAUGAUCGAAGAAAAUAGAAAACGAGCAUUAGCCCGAAGAGCUGAAAGACAGGCUCAAAUCACAGAUCCUGGAAGUUCCCAAAACAAACACACACAGUCCUGGACAACAGGAGGCCCGGACAAAAACCACCAGCUUUUUGCAUCUGAUCGGGGACAGUCAUCUACAAGACAGACUCAGCUCAUAGAUGCUAAUGCAGCGUGUGCAAAAACAGCACCUCCGACUUCCAGCCCUGCUGCCUCUACAGCUUCUAGUUUUUAUGGACAGGCAGGAAAACCAAGCACUGGAGAAAAGAGACCAUCUAAACCCCCUGAGCCCGCAGCAAAUAACCCUGCAAAGAAACCAGCGGUGUCCUUGAGGGGAAGAUGCGUUUCACACUCAGAAAACCGUUUUCGAGUGGAGGUGGGCUACCAUGCAGACCUCAUUCUAGUGUUCAAAAGCAUUCCCUCCAAAAGCUACGAUCCUGCUACAAAGAUGUGGAACUUCAGCCUUGAGGACUACCAGAUGCUCAUGGAGCAGGUGGCACAUUUCCCCUCCAUCUCACUCAAACCUCUGGAAGGGAUGGAAGGGCUGAAUAUUUCUGCAUCCUCCUGUCGGCCCAAAGACGCAGCAGCAAUGGCGGCUCUGAUGCGCCUCUGUCAGGGUUGGCAGAAACCGGGUGCUACAAUGAAAGGGAAGUGCAUUUUAGUGUCUCGCUCUCGGCUGGAGGUGGAUAUCGGAUACCACCCUGAUGUUAUUGGGAUUUUUAAGCAAAUGCCAUCCAAAAGUUACGACAUGAAGACCAGAAAGUGGACCUUUCUUCUUGAGGAUUACGGGAAACUCAUGGCGGAUCUGAAUGAACUGCCUACAGUGGAGACUGAGCCUUUACCUCACGCAGUUCUCCAGUCCUUCUCCAGUCAGUUUGAGAAAACCCAAACCAAAGCUCCAGUUCCUCCUGAAGCAGAUCUCUCACACAUCGAUCCACAGCUCACACGCAGCCUCAUGCCCUUCCAGAGAGACGGAGUCAAUUUUGCAGUGUCCAGAGAGGGCCGUUUGCUACUGGCUGAUGAUAUGGGCCUCGGGAAGACGGUUCAGGCCAUCUGCAUCGCUGCCUAUUACAGGAGUGAGUGGCCUCUGCUGGUGGUCGCCCCGUCCUCAGUGCGCUUCACAUGGGCUGAGGCUUUCCGCCGAUGGCUGCCUUCAGUGAAGCCGGACAGCAUUAAUGUGGUGGUUAAAGGAAAAGACAGCCUGCGCUCCGGCAUCGUCAACAUCAUCAGCUACGACCUGCUCAACAAGAUGGACAAACAGCCGCCGUCCAGCCCGUUCAACGUCAUCAUCAUGCUGAAUGUGCAAAUGGCGGAUCUGUGUAAACAGAGGUGCGCAAUUGUUUAA